UGGUAAACCCAACCGUGGUGGGGUGGGGAGGGAAUCCAGGCGGACGGACGGACGGACGAGGGAGGAGAAUGUCUGGUUCCGGUCUUCAUGCUCUGUCCCGUGGCUGCGUGCGUGCGUACGUGCUGCGAGAUGCGCCGGCAACCCAAAACCAAAAGGCCUCCCUCGCCCUUUUGAUUCCCCCACGCCAAUGCCUUUGCUGCCCCCCUGCUCUGCGCCGUGAGAGCCUGGGAUUGUUUCUCUUCUCGCCCCGCCGUUCCGUUUCGACUUAAAGCUCCUCCCGAGGAAGCUCGCCCGCCUGCUCGUCUUGGUAGGAGGUGCGGGCCGCGUGACGGUGAGCUCUCGCACGCACGCCUGCUCUGCUGCUGCUGUGGAGGAGGAGCAGGGCGACGUUUUCGCCGUUUCCGUCUUCUUCGUCGUCGUCGUCAGGUAUAAUUUUGGCACCCUGCGAAGCUCCUCCCCUGCAAAAUCUCCGGCCCCUCUUCAUUGCUCGUUUCCGUUUCACUGUCCCCUUCCGACUGCAAUAAAUCUCCCCCGUGUUGAUAAGCAAGAACCAUGCAGAAAAUGGCAUCUUGAUAAACCAAUCUUUGAUCCUAUUUCUUCUCUCCACUCCGCUGCCAAAUCGGUUCUUUGGUCCAUCCAAUGGCGCCGGGAGCCGGGACGGCGGCGGCGACCAAGAACCCUACCAAAACCCUCGCCGCCAUCCUCCUCCUCGUCCUCCUGCUCGCCGACCUCCCGCUCUGCGCCUCCCAGCCGCCGCUGCACUCCCAGCCCCUGCCCGCCACCCAGUCCCCGGCGGCGCCCCUCCCGCCGCCGCAGCCGAGUGCCCCCCACGCGCGGGCCGGCGGCGCCGCGCGCCUCCGCCGCAUCGCGCUCGGCGUGCUCCUCGGCUCGCUCGCCGGCUUCCUCCUCUCCCUCGCCUUCCUCUACGCCAUCCGCGUCGCCGUGCUACACGCCGGGAACGCGCCGGCCGUCGCCCGGGGCCCCGUCUCCUUCACGCCGCAAAUCUCGCCCAAGAGCCUCCAGGGCGCACUCCCCUCCGCGCGCCCGCUCGCGCGCGGGCCCCGCGGGACGUACCACAAGCUCGACCUCGACGGCGACCUCACCGUCGCCGUCAAGGUGCUCGACCUCGCCGCCGCCAGCCGCGCCGAGGCCUCGCCCUCGCCCUCACGGCCGGCGAACGGCUCCAACUCCAAGUCCGACAUGCGGAGGGUGCAGCGGCAGCUGGAGCUGCUCGCCCGGGUGCGGCACCUCAACGUGAUGAGCCUCAAGGCCUACGUCCGCGACGCCGACCGGCUCUCGCUCGUCUACGACUUCGUGCCGGGGGGCAGCCUCGAGGACGUGAUGAAGAGGGUGAGGUCGCAGCAGGUCAGCCUCAGCUGGGACACCAGGAACAGGAUUGCGGCCGGGGUGGCCAAGGGACUGCGCCACCUGCACUUCGAGUGCAACCCCAGGAUACUGCAUUGCAACCUCAAGCCGUCCAAUGUGAUGCUGGAGGAAGGCUUCGAACCGGUGCUGGCGGAUUGCGGCGUUGCGAGGCUGAUCGAUUCCGGUUCGCCUGAUCCGCAGUCGUCCGGCAGCCUCUACACCGCUCCAGAGUGCUACCAAAGUAGCAGGUACACAGAUAAGUGCGACGUCUAUGCUUUCGGCAUGAUCCUCGGCGUUCUGCUCACUGGGAAAGACCCCUCGGACCCAUUUUUCUCGGGAGAAAGCGGACGGGGCAGCCUGGCUCGAUGGCUCCGUCACAUGCAGCAUUCCGGCGACAUGAAAGAAGCGCUGGACAGCAGCAUUGUAGGGGAGGAGGUCGAUGAGGAGGAGAUGGUGAUGGCCAUCAGGAUCGCCAUCGUGUGCCUCUCGGAGUUGCCAGCCGAUCGGCCAUCCAGCGAUGAACUCGUAGCCAUGCUCGCCCAGCUCCACAGCUUCUAACCGCCGUCGAACUUCAGAACACCCGCAUGAUCUUCCAUCUCGCAAGUCUCGAGACGACGCCGAGUGGCGCACGAUCAUCAACCGCCGAAUUCAGUGUCCUGGGCUGAAUUCAGAUGGAAGCCAGCAAUGUAGAGGCCAAGCCAAACAAGUGUGGCAAAAUAGCUGCCCAUCAGCUUCAUGGCACAUGCUGGUGGUUGAGUAUCAUGUAAGAUGAUGAUGGUGAUGUUCUGGCCAUGAAUGAGCCUGGGGACAACAAAUGUGCAUAUAUGUAGUGGUAGUAUGUGUUCUGUAGAAUGGUGCAUAUCUUGUUGGAUCUCCCUUUGCUGUAGGGGGAGGGUGAUGUUUUGGCCUGUGCAUUGACCCAUCAGAGACAUGGGCCCCUCUCUCAGCUUGCCCAUGGCCUGGUGUCCGUCCGUUCGACAAGCGACGUCGGGCCCAUCACAGGUUUGGGCAUCAUUUCUCUUCAUGUCA